AUGUCAAAACGGGCAAAAUAUGACGAACUGAAGGCGUUAGCCGUCAUAAAGAGACUCAAGAAGCUUGAUGAGCCUCGUGUUUACGAAAGCCAGCUUUCCAAGUGGGGGGUACCAGAUGAUCAGACUGGUAUAGAUGUUACGAAAUAUCUCCUUUCCGGGGUUUAUAAGGAUCUAGUGAACACUGUCUCCAUGCAGCAGGCAAAGAAUGCUGGUGGGUCGUCUUUUUAUCAACUCGACUGUGACGACCUACAGCACCGCAGGAUGAACCUCCUUAUCGACAUCCUUCUCCCCAUAGUUAAUAACGUCAGGAGUCGGGAUCCAUCAAUAUCGGCAACGUCACAGAGUAUGCACGAGGCACAACUUACCACCUGUGGCAGCGCCUCUGACCCCUGGAACAAUGCCAAACUAUUAAUGCGCAAUAGGUGGUAUGCCCUCUACGGCAAGAUCAUAGACCUUGAAUAUAUGUUAAUCAUAGUGCACGCAAGGGCAUUCAGGGAUAUGCUGGUGAAGCUCGAACCGAAGCUCUGGGAUAGGUUAGUGGCAGACCUUCAGCACUACCGUACCAGCAUCAAAACGUUCGCUCAAGGCAUAGGUUUGGACUAUACGUGGCCAAUUAUAUCACAGGCCGGGGAACUUACAGUGACAUUAUCCUCAGCAUACCUUGAUGGCCAGCCAUUGACAACCUACCACCUCCAUAGUGUUGUUGUCAACGACAGCACAGGUGAGAUUUACCAAUGGAAGAGUCGCAGACCAAACGCGUCUCUUAUCAGCAUUGUUUGUCGGUUUAACCUGGCUGAUUGGCCUCAGGGGGAACUCAACACACCGGAUAUCACAGACGCUCGCAUUGGAGGAAUGUGUCAAUCGUGUCAGAAACCGCCCAACGUGUGCUGGUGCAGAUAUUUGGAACGGUGCAAAGCGGCAGAGGAGGGGAAAGGAGAUGAUAUAAAUCCUUCAUUCUUUCAGUUAAUGGAGUGUAGCGAUGAGCGUGGAAUUGGCGUCCGCUCCCUCGUCAGGAUCGAGAAGGGAGUUAAGCUCGACAUAGUUCAGGGCGAUCAACUGGUGCCUCCGGAUUCAAAUUUCGAAGACACCUACUUCUCGUUUAUUGAUACCAGCACUAACGGGAACUGGACACGUUUCCUGAAUCACUCCUGCAAAGCCAAUGCCAAAUUCGUGCCGAGUGUAUAUAACGACCGUUUCGCUGUGGCGGUUGUCACAACCAUGCGCAUUGAACCGAUGCAGGAGAUUACUGUGAGCUAUAACAUCGGCCAUUCGUCUAUGCUAUGCCAGUGUGGACUCGACAAGCGUGAACAUCAGGUAAAACUCGAGCUAACGCCAGAAGACUGA